AUGGUAUACAAUUCCUUGACCCGGGCUCCUCGCAACAUCAAGGAGGCUAUUGACUGGUUGAUAGCCCUGAGGGGGGCGGAUGCUGCAAACAAUUUGGCUGCUAUGGGUGCUGCAAUUCACAAGUUUCUUGCAGACAAGCCUGUUGGCAGGAUGAAGCUGCCGGCUCUCGAGAAGGUCAAACUCAUCACUAAGGAGUUCCUUGAGCAAGAGGAGCUUAAGGGCAUGUGGCCCGCAAAUGAGAUGCUGGGUAAAUUCGAAGCUCCUUUAAGUAAGAACCCAUGCAUAAUAGCUAAGAUUUUUAAACUUAUGGCUUACAGCGACUAUAAUAAUGUCGUGCAGAACAAGGGUCUCACCGCUACAAAAAUCGCAGAGAAAUUAGGUAAAGUUGUGGGCGGUUGUGAGAUGUUCUUGGAUCGUAUCAAAACCCCUAAGCAGUAUAAAUCUGCUUACAGUUCAAAAGCGACGUGGGAAUCUUCAUGCGCGAAGAACCCUGAAGCUUGCGCAGUGGUCCUCGUGGGAAUUGCACCUAUGUUGUACACGGGCUUACGUUCUUUGCGCAAGGCAGCCUAUGAUGAAACCCGGAAACUGGCACCGUUUUCCGCGAAUAAGACUUUAGACAAUGUGUUGGAACCCCUGGGCUAUGUAGAGCCGGAAUGCCGCGCUGGAAUGACUGCAUCAAGGGUCUCCUGGGCGUUGAGAGGUGUGAAUAAAGAAAUAUUGACCACACUGUACGACCUCGCUGGAUUCUGGGCUUUCUAUUAA